AUGGACGAGCACGGGGACCAGCGAUUGUUAGUCCUGGAGCCGCAGGAGUUGAGCUUUACUGGUGUGCGGUUUCACAAGACGUAUGCUCAGUCAGUGCGCCUGACCAACGCAGCUCGUGCGCCGCUUGAGGGCGAGAUCCGGGCCGGCAGCAGCGACCGCUACGCGAUCACGCCGCCCACCUUUCGCCUGCGCCCCGGCGAGUCGCUUGAGGUUGUGGUGAACCUCAAGCUGCUGCGCUUCGGGCAGCGCCAGAAAGCGGCGGAGCAGGGGCAGCGGGACUGGUUCACCGUCAAGCUGACCAACUUUCCUGGCCAGGAUCAACGCUUUUUUGCCACCUUUUUCCUGGACCCAUCGGAGGCCCCGGGCAGUACUGCUAGCAGCUCCCUGGCAUUGCCUCAGAGUGGGCCGGCACCCGCGGCGGAGGAAGCAGCGCGUCCGCCCGACCUGGUGGAUGGCUCCGGGCUGAGGACGCUGCAGGAGCGUUUGGAGGCGGACAGGGAAGAGGUGGCGCACCGGCUGCGCGCGGCAGCGGGGCGCCGGACGACCAGCAAUGCAGGUCUGGGGCAUGAGGUUGCAGCAGCUGAGCAGCAGCAGCAGCAACAACGGCAGCAGCAGCAGCAGCAGCAGCAACAACGGCAGCAGCAGCAGCAGCAGCAGCAGCAGCAGCAGCAGCAGCAGCAGCAGCAGCAGCAGCGCAAGUUGAGCACUGACGCCGGCACACCGGCCAGCACGCAGCCCUUGGGUGGGGACGGCAGCGGCGGCAGCAGCGGCACACGGGGUGCGGAUGCGCCCGCGCUGCCGCCGGGCAUAGCGGCGGUCGUGGCGCAGGCAGUGGAGGCCGCGUUGCAGGAGGAGCAGGCACGCCAAGAGGAGCGCAACCGCCGCGCACUGGAGCUGCUGCUCGCAAAGGACGCGUCAGUCCGCGCCCUCGAGGCCGAGUGCCAGCAACUGCGGGGCCAGCUGCAGGAGGCGGACGGGCGCGCCGCUGCUGCUGAGGAGGCCGCCUCGCAGCUGCGGGCUGAGGUGGAACAGGAGUGCGCCCAGAGGGCCGCGGCCGAGGCACGCGCGGAGGCCGCGGCCGCUGCGGCCGAGGCGCUAGAGCCGCGAGGGGGCCGCGGGGGUGGCGGCGCCGGUGCAGCUGUGGGUGGGGCCGACGGCCGGGACGCGCUGCUGCAGGAACAGGCGAAGCAGCUGCUGCGGCUGCAAAGGGAGGUGGGGUCUCUGGCCGAGCAGCUGCGCGCCGCACAGCAGCGCGCCGCCGAGCUCGAGGCGGCGCCCGCGGCCGGCGCCGUGCGGCUGCGGCGCCCCGCAUCGGCGGCCAGCACGGACGGCUCAAUGGGUGUGGAGCCCUCCCUAGACGGCGGCAUGGCGCCGAGCGGCGGCGCCGAGCUCGAUCGCGCCGCGUUGGCGCGCCGCGCGCGCCAGCUGGAGGGCGAGAACGAAGCCCUCCUGGCCCGCGUGCGCCUGGCCGAGGCGGACGCCCGCGACGCCGCCGGCGCGGCGGCAGCUGAGGCCGCGCGCGAGGCGGGGCGGCUGCGGCAGGCGCUGGCGGAGCGGGACGCUGAGGUGGCGGGGCUGGCGGCUGAGCUGGCUGUCGUGCGCUCCGCGGUCGACGCCGGGCCAGGGUCCGACCCCGACGAGGCACACUACGCGCAGCUGCUGCUGCUGCAGCGCAGCCUGGCCGACCGCGAGGCCGCGGUGCGCGGCCAGGCGGAGCGCCUAGCGGAGCUCGAAUCGCAGCAGGCACUGGCGGCGGCGGCGGGCGGCGCGGCGGCUGCGCGGCUAGCGGAGGCGCGGCAGGAGGCGGAGGCGGCGAGGGCGGAAGCGCGGAGGGCGGCGCAGGACGCUGAUGUGGCGCGGAUGACGUCGUGCAGGCUCAACGCACGCGUCAACGAGCUGGUGCUGGGCAGCCAGGGCUCAGAGGCGCGCGCGGAGGCGGCAGAGGGCGAGCUGCGGCGCGCGGCCGCGCUGCACGAUCGAGAGGUCAAGGCCCUGCAGCGCCGGCUGGGCCAACAGGCGUCGCGGCGCAGUGGCGGCGGCAGCCCCUCGCGCCGGCGGGGCAGCCGCGGCCCGGCGCCCGCAGACGCCGGCACGGCCGCCUCGGAUGCUGCCGAGCGCUCGGACGACAGUUGCGACGACGGCGGCGGCGGCGCGGGGGACGACCAACUGUGCGCUCCCGGCGCGGCUGCGUUGGCGGCGGUGGCAGUGACUAGCAGGCGUGCGGAGGCUGAGGGGUUGGGGCGGCCGCUGGCGAUAUACCAGGCUUUGGACGACGCCGAGCAGGCCGUCGCGCUGCUGCAGGCGCGCCUCCUGGACACGACCCGCGCGGCCUCCGCGGCGCAGCGCCAGGCCGACGCGUCCGAGGCCGCGGCGGCGGCGGCGGCGCGGCGCGCGGACGCGCGGGAGGCGGCGGCGCGGGAGGCGGGGGCGGUGAGGAUCGCUGAGCUGGAGGAGGCGCUGGCGCGGCUGGCGGCGCGCGGAGACCUGGAGGCGCAGGCCGCGUCGCUCGCCGCCGAGGGCGCGUCGCUGCGCUGCGCCGAGUCGCGCCUCACCGCGGAGCUCGGCGCCCUGCAGGCCGCGCUGGCGGACGCGCGGCGCGACGCGGCGGAGGCCAAGCGCGCGCUGGCGGGGGCGCGGGACGCGGAGCAGGAGCGGCUGGUGUUGGAGGUGUACCCGCUGCUGCGGGCGAGCUACAUACUGGCUGCCGCCGCGGCGGGCGGCGGCAACGGCGGCGAAGGCUCCCUGCCGCCAGGCCUGGUGAAGCUGCCCGAGCGCAUGACCGCCGACGAGCGCCGCAGCGCCGCCGCGGCCGCGCGCGAGUGGGAGUCGGACAGGCAGCGCGCGGCGCUGCUGCUGUCGCGGCUGGCGGACAGGGCGGAGGCCGCUGAGCUGGCGCUCGCGGAGGCGCGCUGCGGCGAUGGGGCAGACUUGGGCGACAGCAGCCUCGUCAGCGUGGGCGGCGCGCCGUUGCCCCGCAACAGCAGCGCCCCGUCCCUGCUGGCCCCUCGCGGCUCGCAAGGCGGCCGCUCGCCGCCGCCGCUGAGGCGGGCGAGCGGCGCCCUGGUGGACCUUGGCGGCAGCCUCGAUGCGGCGGAGAGGGCGGCGAUGCUGGAGGCUGAGCUCAACGCAGCCAGGGAGAGGCUGCACCUGGCGGAUGUGGAGUCAGCACGCCUGACCAUGCAGCUCCAGGCGGCAGAGGGGCGCGUGGGGGAGGCGCACGCGCGCCUGGCUGAGGCAGAGAGGGAGGGCCAGGCGCGGGCGGAGGAAGCUGUCAGGGAGCGGGCGGAGGCCUCCCGCUCGGCGGCGCGCGAGCUGGAGGCGCUGCGCGGCCGCGUGGCCGACGCCGAGCGCGCGGCGGACGCCGCGCGCGCCGCGCGCGCGGAGGCGGAGGUGAUGCUGCGGGAGGCGCGGGAGGAGGCCGGGCGGCUCAGGGCGGGCGCGGCGCGCGCGGCGGGGGAGCUGGCCGGGCUGCGAGCCGCGGCGGCGCAGGAAGUGGCGGCGGCGCGGGACGAGGCGGCUGCGAGGGCGAGGGACGCGGAGCGCGCGCGCUCCGAGCUCGAGGAGGCGCGCCUGCAGCAGGGCGUGCUGCUGGAGACCGUCGAGGCGCUGCAGGCCGGCUCAGAGGGCGAGGCGGAGCAGGCCGCCGCGGGGUUGGCAGCGCGGCUCUGCGCGGCCAGGGCGCGGGAGGGGGCGCUGGAGCGGCGCGCGGGCGACCUGCUGGCCGAGUCAGCCGCCCGGGCCCGCCAGCUGGGUGCGCUCCAGUCUCAGCUUGACGCGGCGCUCGAGGAAGCGGAGCGGCGCGCACGUGCGGCGGCCGCGGGCGGCACGGCGGCCGACGCAGCGGGGCGCGAGGCGGAGGAGGCGCGAGCGCAGGGCCGCGUGGCUGCAGCGCAGCUGGAGCGCGCCCACCGCGAGCUCGACUCCCUGAAGCAGCGGCUGGCAGCAGCAGAGGCGGAGCGUCACGAGGCAGAGGACGCGCUGCGCCACGCGGCGACGCAGCGCCUGCUGCAGGAGGCGCCGCCGCACGAGUACGCCGCGCGCUGCGCCCACGCCUCUGCGGCGCUGGAGCAGCUGCUGCAGCUGGUGAGGCAGCACGUUUGCGGCGGCGGUGGCGGCGGGGGCGGUGGCGGCGGCAGCACGGGCGGAGGCGUGUUGAUCAGCACGGGUGGGAGCGUGUUGAGCACUGGCACACGGCGACGGCAGUCGUCGGCUGCCGGCCGCGCGGCGCGCAGCAGUAGCGGCGGCUCUGCGGAGGGCCCUGUGGCGCCGUGGCUGCUGGUGGUGGUUCAAAAGCUCAAGGCGCUGCUGAAGGAUUCGGACAGGCUGUACCUGCGGGCACUGGGCGAGGCGUCCCUCACCCAGGACCGCGCGGCCGCCGCCACGCUGCAGCUCGCCGCCGCCCGCGCCGCCGCCGAGCGCAGCGCGGCGCGCUGGGAGGCCGCAGAGGGCGCCAACGCUGCGCUCACGCUCGCGCUGUCGCGCCGCGGCGAGACCGCCGCGGGCCACGUGGCGGAGCGGCUCUCGCUGCAGGCGCAGCGCGUCGGCACGCUGCAGCAGCAGCUGGGGUCCGCGCUGGAGUGCCUGGCCGGCGCGCGGUCCGCCGCAGACGCGGCGAAGUCCGCAGCCGCGGCGCAGCGCGCGCGCGGUGAUGCGCUGGAAGCGCUGCUCGAGGCGUCCCGCGCUGAGGCGGGGGCGCUGCGGGCGCAGGCCGCGGCGGCGGCCAUGGAGGCGGCCGGCACCGCGGGGGCGGCGGCCGGCGCGGGGCCGGAGGAGGCGGUCAAGGCGCGCGAUCUGGAGGUCAUGCGGUACUUUGACCGGCGGCUGGCGGCGAUGCUGGGGGCGGGCGGCGAGGCGGGCGGCGCAAAGGCGCUGACGAGGGAGGUGUGCGCCCUCAAGCUGUCCGAGAGCCAGCUCAUCGCCUCGGAGGCCUCUGCCGCCAAGCGCGCCGAUGCGGCGGCCCUGCGUGCGCAGCGCCUGCAGGCCGCGCUGGACGCCGCGACGGAGCGCCUCGCAGACCACCAGCGCGCGUGGCAGCGGCGGCAGCAGCAGGACGAGGCCGGGGCCGACGGCGGCCCCGCGUCGCAGGCCGCGCGCGCCGCGGCGCGGGCGGCGGCGGCGGAGGGCAGGGCGCACGAGCUGCAGGAUGGCCUGCUGCAGGCGCGGCAGGCCCUGGACGCGCGCGAGCUGGAGGCUGAGGAGCUGCGUGCCCUGCUGGAGUCGGCCGAGGCGCGCGCCGCCCGGGGCCGCCAGGAGGCGGAGGCGGCGCUGCUGGCGAUCGAGCGAGAUGCGGAGGCGCGCGCGGCGGGGCGGGAGCGGGCGCUGAGGGCGGAGGUGGAGGCGCUGCGGCACCAGGUUCGCGAGGAGGCCGAGGCUGCCGCGCAGCGCGCCGAGGACAGGGAGCAGGAGUUCCAAGCGGCCGCGUCCGAGGCGGCGGCGGAGCUGGUGCCUGUGACAGCGCUGGAGGAGGCGGAGGCGCACUGUGCGGCCCUGGAGGCGCGCACGGAGGGGCUGGAGGCUGAGCGCGACGCGCUGCAGGACAAGGUCACCGAGCUGGAGAGGCGCGUGGCGGAGCUCCAGGACUCCACAGACGUGACUGGUGCUGCAGUCAGCAGCCUGGAGGCAACCCUCGAGCGCAUCGAGCGCGCAGAGUCUCUGGCCCGAGACCGCGGCAGCGGCGCGCACCAAGGCCGCGCCCUGGACGGCGCUGUGCAGAAUGCGCGGCGCCGCGGCUCGCGGUCGGACGGCGGCGCCGGCGCGGCGGACGAGGCGGGCGGCGGGAUGGACGGGGCGCCGCAGCCGGCGACGCUGGCGGGGGUUUCGCGGGAGCUGGUCCGCAGCCAGAUGGCAGCUGCCGACCUCCAGCGCAAGAUCAGGGUCGCAGCCAGGUCUGAGGUCGACCUGCGCCAGAAGCUGACUCAGCGCGACGAGCGCGUGGCAGAACUCAAGCAGGAGCUCGCCGCGAAGAACCGCGCGCUGCUGGAGCUCCAGCGGCGCGGCGCUGACGCACCGCGCCUCCAGCGCAGCGCCAGCGGCGCCCUCGCCGGCAGCGGCGGCCUGCGGCGGCCUUCAGCGUCGCCGGGCGCCUUGAACGCCAGCGCGGGCGGGACGGCUGCCAGGCCCGACGCGACGGGCGCCGCGGCGGCCUGGGGCGGCGGUGACGACGGGGACACCCGGGAGCCCUCACCGCUGUCGAGGGCUCAGUCUGGCGUCUCGGCGGCCGCGGCCGCGGCGGCUGUCAGCGAGAGGCGCCACCUGUCGGGGCAGGUCGGGCAGCUGAGGGUGCAGCUGGCCAAGCGUGACGCGGACGUGCAGCGCCUCGAAGCCGAGCUGGCGCAGGCGCUGGCGCGACAGCCUGACCUCGCCAUGAGUUCGGCCCACCAGCAGCCAGCCCCCUUCUUUGUCGGGCUGUCCCGCUCGCCCUCUAGCGCGGCGGCACCGUCUCCAAGGCUGCGCCAGCCAACGCCAAGUUUGCUGGGCGCGCUCGCUGGUGGGAGCGCGCGCGCAUCUCCUCGGAGCUCUCAGAACCCCUGGUUGCCUGCGCCGCCGCAGCCGCAGCAGCUCGUGCGCGACAGCUCUGUGGCGCACCGCUCGCCCUCGGCGUCGGGGCUGGCGCCGUCGCGCAGCAGCUCGGCUGCGGGCGGCGGCGCCUUGUUGCUGCGGAUGGGGUCGCGGCAGCUGGGCGCGAUGGAACGCAGCAGCGGCAAUGCCACACAGCAGCAGCAGCAGCAGCAGCAAGCGCAGUGGGAGCCAGUUCCUGCGCCCGAAGAUGACGCUGCGGCGGAAACCGAGGCCAAGGGCGCGCCUCGCCUCGCUGCCGCGCUUGAUCAGUCGGCCUCGUGGCUGGCCUGGGCCCUGGAGGCGGCCCGCGGCGCACUGCGCACGCUGCUGACAGCCAGGCUAGAGGCGGGGGGGCCUGCUGGGCAGGAGGAGGCGGCCGCCGAGCAGCUGGAGGCUGGCCUUGAGGCGCUGGGCCUGGAGGAGGCGUUGGAUGCGAUUACAAGGGAGUGCCAGGACUUGGUGUUCGACUGGCAGCGGCGGGUGGAGGUGCUGCAGCAGCAGGUGCAGGCGCAGCAAGCCGCGCUGCUGCAGGCCGCGCAGCAACAGCAGCAACAGCCGCAGCAGCAGCAGAGUGGCGAGCCGCGCACGCAGAGCUUCGUGGCGGGCAGCAGGGCGCCUUCAAUGCGGUCCGCCGUCGCAGCCGAGGGCGGCCGCUCAGGCACGGGCCCGCAGCUGCUGCAGGGCCAGCCGGCGGGCCCCGAGGCGGAGCGCGCCGCGGACGCCGGGCGGCUGGAAGACGCGGUGGCGCAGCUGGAGGCGCUGGCCGCCGCCAACGAGGCCCUGGUGUCGCGCGGGGAGCAGCUGCUGGCGGAGCGCACGGCGCUGCUGCAGCAGGUCGCAUCAGUGGCCGCCGAGCGCGACAGCCUGGCGACGCAGAACGCGAGCCUUGCCAAGGCCUUCUCAUCUGCAGUGGCCCGCAAGGCCGUCGCGGCCGAGCACGCGCAGGAGCGGGGGCAGCCGGACGGCGGCGACUUCCAGCCGACGCAGGCGCAGGCGCAAGGCGGCGGCGCGCCGGCGGCGGCGUCGCCGGCGCAGCUGCGGGAGAUCGCGUCUCUGAUGCAGCGGCUGACGAAGGAGAACGCUGUCCUCAUCAAGGCCAGGGACGCGUCCGAGGCGCAGCGCGCCGCCCUCGAGACCCAGGCAACCUCCUGGGCCGCACGCGAGGCCGAGCUCGCCGCCGAAGCGGAGCGCCUCUCGGGGCAAAUGGCUGCCGCCCGCCGCGAGCGCGAGGCGGCGGAGGCGGCCCUUGCUGCGGCGCGGCAGGAGGUUGGCGAGCAGGCGGCGCGCAGCGAGCGGCUGGCGGCGGCGCUGGCGGAGGCGCGGGAGGAGCGGGACGCGCUCGCGGCGCACAACGCGAGCCUCGCCCAGACGACGCACCAGCUAAUGGGCGGCGGCAGCGGCCCCGGCGGCGCCGGCAGCGGCGGCGGCGGCAGCCCGGCGCGGGGGUCGAACUCGUCGGGAGGCGCCGCUGGCGGCGGCGCGCGGGCGCUGGGGUCCGCGCAGCUGCGGGAGGUGGCGGCGCUGCUGCAGCGGCUGACGAAGGAGAACGCGGCGAUCAUGAAGCAGCGCGACCAGCUGACAGCGCGGCUGGAGCCGCUUGAGUCCGAGGCGCGCCGGGCCGCCGGGCAGCUGGAGGCCGCGGCGGCGGAGCGGGCGGCAGCGGCCGCGGAGCGCGACCGCGCGCGUGGCGACGCGGAGGCGGCGCGGGGGGAGGCCGCGAGGGCUGCGGCGCAGCUGCGGGCGACGGCGGCGGAGAAGGAACGGCUUGCGCAGCAGGUGACGUCACUUGCGGCCGAGCGCGACAGCAUGGCGGCCCAGAACGCCAGCCUCGCGCAGACCACCUCGCGGCUGAUGAUGCCGCGCUCCCCCAGCGACGACGGCGGCCCCGCCUCCCUCGCCGGCGGCAGCGGCAGCGGCGCCGGCUCCGCCGGAGGCUUCGGCACCUUUGCCGCCGGCGGCGACGCCGGCGUUACCGUGGCGGCUGCGCCGCGCGCCGACGGCCGGCGGAGCCGCGGCCCGAGCGGCGCAGGGGACGGCGGCGGCGGCAGCAACGGCGCGGGCGCGGGCGCGCCGCCGGCGCUCAGCCCCCGGCAGAUGAAGGAGAUCGGGGCGCUGCUGCAGCGGCUGACGGGCGAGAACGCGCGGCGGCGAGGCUGA